CCGCUGCUCCCGCUCGGCCGCCUCUUCACCAUGGCCCUGGCGAACAGCACCCGCGGAUUACCCAACGGGGGCGGCGGGGGCGGGAGCGGCUCCCCUUCCUCCUCGGCGGAGCCGCCGCUCUUCCCCGAUAUCCUGGAGCUGAACGUAGGGGGCCAAGUGUAUGUGACUCGGCGCUGCACGGUGGUGUCGGUGCCGGACUCGCUGCUCUGGCGCAUGUUCACGCAGCAGCAGCCGCAGGAGCUGGCCCGGGACAGCAAAGGCCGCUUCUUUCUGGACCGAGACGGGUUCCUCUUCCGCUACAUCCUGGAUUACCUGCGGGACUUGCAGCUCGUGCUGCCGGACUACUUCCCCGAGCGCAGCCGGCUGCAGCGCGAGGCCGAGUACUUCGAGCUGCCCGAGCUCGUGCGCCGCCUCGGGGCGCCCCAGCAGCCCGACUUGAGAUCUCUUAUUAAAAAUCCUUAUUUUCUCCGAGCCCAGUCAGUGUUGACUUCUGGGCAGAUCCGAAAGCUAGAAAAUGCCACUUGUUUUAUGCGGAUUCUUUGA